CCUGUGGGGUGGCACACCUGUCACGCGGCGGCAUUCCUCUGCCUCCCUUUUUCGCUCCCUCGACGGGUGAAUUCCACAUUCGGUAACGGGAAUGACACGGCGUUAAAGCACCAUGGCCGGCCUGGGGACCAAAGCCAAUGGAAGACGCGGGCAACAUAUUAUUAGGUGGACCAAAUUCCCCGUUACACCCUUAGGCAACCGUCACGGCAAACGUGGAUUUAGAAGUUUGUUCGUUUUUACGCUUUUUAUACCAACGGUCUGAGGAGAUUUAAAAAGUUUUACCGUUCUUGUGUAGUCACUUGGGCUUCAGAUAUGGCUCUAUCCCAGAUACAGUGCUUGGAUGAUAAGAACAUCAACCCGAGGACGCACGAGGCGAAGCCAGAGUUCCUGUACUGCGAGGACCAGCGGCUCGCGCUCGAGGCGCUCCUGCGAGAUGGUCGCGAGGCGUUUGCUAAGUACCUGGAGUCUCGCGGCCUACGGGGUUUCCUCUCGGACUCGGAGCUGGAGAGUCUGGCCGGUGGAGUCGAACCUUUCGACCCGGGCUCGGAGCUUAUGCCGGACAAUGUCACGGACGACCCGACCCCGCUUUCCCUGCACUACUGGCCGGAGCUUUCGGACACCUCCAUCCCGCAGAUGGACCUGGGCUGGCCGGACAGCAGCUCGUACCGGGGGGUGACACGCGCCACGGUGUACACCCAGCCGCCCCUAGACGGCCAGGGCCACAUCAAAGAGGUGGUCAGGAAAAUGAUUGCACAGGCCCAGAAGGUAAUCGCCGUGGCAAUGGAUGUCUUCACCGACGUCGACAUCUUCAGAGAUUUGCUGGAAGCUGGUUUCAGAAGGAGGGUGUCUGUUUAUAUCCUGCUGGAGCGCGCGACACUGCCUCACUUCCUGUCUAUGUGUCAGAGGGCCAGCAUGCACGCCGGCCACCUCAAAUAUCUCCGGGUACGCUGCUCUGAAGGUGCACAGUUCCACACUCGACACUGCACAAAGGUCAGGGGGAGAAUGGGGCACAGAUUCAUGUUCCUUGAUGGAGACAAAGCUGUGUCUGGGUCGUACAGUUUUACCUGGAUGUCCUCACGGCUGGAUAGACACCUCAUGACUGUGAUCACGGGCCAGGGCGUGGAUCCCUUUGACCAACUGUUUCGCUUCCUUUACAUGACUUCCGAGUUUGUUGACCUAAAGCAGGUGGCAACGGAGCUGGAGCCUGAGCCGGAACUGCGCCCUCAGCUCGCACCUGUGGCUCCCCCUUCUGCUGAUGUUGCAAGAAAACUGUACAACCCCAAAUAUGCCCUGGUUGCCCUGAGCAACCCCAGCCCCACUAACUCUGCUGCUCAGGAAAGCCCCAAAGGGCCCGCAACAUCACAUAACUCCAAGAAGCAGAAGAGGGCCAGAGAGGAAGCCACACAGGAUGCUCCUCCCCUCCACCCAGGAUUAAUCAAUCUAGAGAAAGUAUACCUGAUAUCAUACUUGCCCACCUGGCCUGAACCUGACCCGCCAAGUGAUGUGAUAGGCUUCAUUAACAUUCGAGAUACCAGCAAACCGACUCAGGUUCAUCUACAGCGCUCUGAAAUGUUUGAAACCAGCCAAGCAAUCAGGUUUAGCAGCCCAAUCAGCAAACCACAGGUGUCUUUGCCAGAAGUCGCAACGCCCAGACGGCUCACCGUUGAAUGUGAAGAGGUUGAUAAACUCCAGCUAUCGCAAAGUAAAUCAGAGGCUGUAGAAUCGGUGGUGGAUAGAGCAAAGCUAGCACAAAACGAUGCGGGUCAUGGGGACAUUGGAGGUAGAGACAAGACACCAAAACAAAAAUCCCCUCCAUGUAGUAAAAAGUCAGAGCCUGGCAAGGACAAAGCCAAUGCUCUUAAGACUGAGAUUAAACUAAUUUCAAACACAGUCUCAAAUCCAGAGACAGGUAACGGCAAACUGAGUCAUCUGAGUGCACAUGAGACUACCCAAUCCAGCUGUAGAGAAUCUGCCCCCAAUAAUUGUAGGCCUUCACAGAAAGCCCAGACUACAUCUUUUGAAAAUGUAGAGUCAGACUCAGUGGCAGAAUCAAACGCUAAAAAAGAAGAUGAAACUGGAACAAGCUUAAAAAAAAAAAGGGCUGUUGUGUGUGAUGCCACUGAUUUAAACCCAGAAGACACAAUAGAAAAACCGUCUGUGGCUCAUACAGAUUCAAACGCAAAUGCUAUUAACAGGAUACCUCAAAUGACUCAUAACCUCCAGACUCCCAAUGUCCAUGAGCACAGUUCCCCAUCCUCUGCUUCUACAUUGCAGUUUGAAUGUUCCACCUUCCUUUCCAAAAAUAACCUCAUUACUACAGUGCACUCAAGCACAGCUUCCAGUUCUUGCACUUCUGCUCCCUCUAGCAGCUCCCAUUCCUCUUUUCCUUCUCCUACUUCCACUUUUACAUCACCAAAUCCUCCCUCUCCUUCAUCCACGUCUUCUUGUUCAGGUCCUCCCAUCCCUAAGCAGAGUACUGUGAAGACAGGACUCAAAGAUAGCAGCAUCAGCGACGCCCACAAACUGCCAGAAAUCAGUGUUGUGAGGAGUCCUAAUGCCAGCACAGGGCCACAGGCGCUCCAGAUGUCAGCGCCUCUUGUAAAGAGGCCUGAAAGUGCCCCUGACCUGCGGCCCAGCAGUGCCAGGAAAGCAGGAGAUCAUAAAGAUACCGAAAACACAUAUAAUCCCCAAGUAACCCCACAGCAAAGAAAGGGUAGGACUUCCCUAGAGAGGAGUAAAGGAGCUGACGGACAAUGUGAAGGCAGAACCGGUGCGCCAUCAGUCACUGGAAUCAAACUACAAACACAGUCAGAUGCUUUGAUUACUGAUGCACCCAAGCCAGCCUUUUGCGAUGCUCUUAAGAUGAGUCAGGAAGAUGUAGAUUCCAAGACUUCCACAUCUACAAAUUCCGGGACAGACUGUGUGUUCUUAGCAGAGCCAGACAUUAAGGCCUCAGAAUUUUCCGGAGUGCCAAAUAUGACACAAUGCCAAGCAGACCUUCCAAAAGUGAAUGAGCCUCAGAGAACAUCGUAUCGUAAACUGACAUCACAGGAUGUGGGUGUGUUGGGGACGGUGGACUCCUCAGAAGCCCCUGUUCACUGUAUGGACACAUUUGUUGCAGAUGCACAAGUCAUCAAACCUGCACACUGCACAGACUCCCCAAAACAAAGCACACACACUGUGUUGAAAGGUCGCACCCACACACCUGUAAAAGCCCUCACUUUACAACUCUCCGCCAAGCAGUCGCCAUCCCCCGAGCGAGGCCUGACUCAGGAGGAGUCUCCUUCACAUCCGUCCAGCUCAGGUUCAGGAACAACCUCUCCCGUUCCACGACUACGCACGCCAGACGUCCAGACACCAACACCUGACAGUGAUGGUUACAUCUCGCCCAGACAGGACUCCACCACUUCUGAGGAGUAUUAUGAAUGUAGUGACUCUCCUUUCCCUGAGCCCGUUCUUGAUCAAAGCGCUUAUCAAAACCAUGGGGAAGAGGAGAAUUUGAUCAGCCUCCCACACUGGAGUAUGCCCAAAGAUGGCAGUGCUGGUUCUAAUCCGGCAUACCUGACUUACAGCCUCGGUGCUGCGACAUUAAGCUCCACAGAACAAUACAGUUCUAACAGUGAGACUUCAUCAAGGACUUCUGUCGUCUCCUCUUCUUCUUUAAUUGGGACAAAAGGUCACAGCAGAGAGCCAGAGGACCCAAAUGAAGAAAACGAGAAACCAGAGGACAUAAAACCAGAGGACCUGAGUCAUGCAGGGAAGAAGAAGAAAGAGCAAGAAUCCCAGGGGAUUGAAGGGGCAAGCAGUGAUUGGGCUGGUGGGAUGGUGGUGCAUUUUGAACAAGACGAUUCAAUAGAAACAGCUUUGAAAGGCCAAGAAGUCCAGGCUGCUCAGACAAAGAGGGGGCAGAACCACCCCGCGCCACAGAGAGAGGCUGAUAGAGGAGCGACUGCUGGAAAAUCAACCCGUCAGGAGACAGAGCAGAGGCAGUCGUUAACUGAAGGGCUCAAACCGACGAUUGUUGCUUCUGAAGGAGAGAAAAAAGAGAAAACAUCCUCAGGGGGGGAAAAAGCAUGGAACGAGGGGGCGCUAAGACCCGGCGAUGAAGAGAGUAACAAGAGCCAGUCACACAGAGAGACAAAGGCACAGAAGUCCACACACACCUCCCCCAAACCCCAUCCUGCCCAUGAGCAGAACUCUGGGUCCUCCUCAUCCAGCCGACCACAGAAGCCCCGACUCCUCUCAGCUUCUCAAGCCUCUCCUUCAGGGAGCCGUGAACUGAACCCAACUGACAACAAAACGCUCCCCGGCAGUCCCAAGCUCACGGAUAAUUUCUCAUCUGCUCGUAGACAGCCCAGGCCAGCCUCCACUGUCCCAGCAGGUGCGGUUGGGUCUGCGGCCGGGAGGAGACAGGUCUCCCAAAGCCAGCAGACCAUCCCCGCUCGACAACCUCCAGCACCACAGAUGAGGGCAAAGACCAGCCAACCUCAGAGCCAGACGCCUCAGCAAAAGCCCCCGGCCUCCUUUCUCUACACGCAUGCUAAGCUACAGUCCUCACUCCCCCCUAAUCCCACCGUGGAUAUGGUACCCGCACAGGAGGCCCAGGCACAGGUUAGUGCUCCAUUUAGCCUGACCUUCGGCAGGCUUCACAGUUUUAAAAGCAAAAAGAGCAAGACGCCCGUACAGGGAAAGAGAGGCAGCAGCAGCCCCCCAGUGAAGGGACGCAAAAGCACAAGCUAGCGUGGCUGCGCCAGUCCGUCUGUCCUCAGGGUUUCUGUUACCGGAAGCAAAGUUUUGUGAAGUGUUUUUAUGUUCCUUCUUUUGACAUAAUUUAAUAAUUCCUCUCAAACAAAAACUCCCACUCCCUCACAACUUGUACAUUGAGCUUCUUUCUUCAGGUUACAACCACCACCCCAUUAAUAGCCAACAGAUCUGGAGCUGAUGGCUCCUUUUUCAGCCUGUUGCUCUCAAAUGUUGACAGCUGAAUAAUAGAGCUGCUUGCCAUUAGUAUUUCUUUCUUUUUUUCCUGAAAAACUAAAUACAUACUGGGUUUUCCCCAGCUUUCAUAGUAAAAGGGCUAAAAUAAAUAAAUCAGAAAAAGUUUUUAUGUAAUAUAAGUAAAAAUCUGUAUAUCUAUUUUUUGCAGCGAUAAGAUCAGUGUUUGUAGUGGCGUGAUGCAAAUGAGGGGUUGGUCCAUUUGCAGGUUUUCAGUUUUUUUGUCAGUUGACACAUGAACGCAAUCCAGUGCCUCAUGCUGCUGUCUUUUAUCAUGUGUUUUUGUGUAUUCAGAAAGGUAUUCAAUAAAAUAAAAACAGAUUCUGAA